AUUGGCGCCCUCCACCCACUUUUCCUCUUCCUCACUCUAUUAAAAUAUACGUAAAAGCAUAACCCACUCCGCCCAGCAUAUUGUCACAAUGGGGAAAACUGUAGGGACUCUGCAACUUUUGAUGGGCUGCUGCAAGACCACUUCUGAGUCAGAUGGCUGCCAAAACGACACAGAUGAUAUAUCCAAGUUACCUGCACUGCCACCUAACCAGUUGAAGGAAUAUGGUUAUAUAGAACUAGCAAAUGCAACUGGGUGUUUCUCCCGACACUAUCUCCUUGGGGAGGGUGGUUUUGGACAAGUCUUCAAGGCAACCUUAGAUGGUGAAGAAGUUGCUAUAAAGAAACUUAAAAUAAUAAAGCUGGAAAAUAAAUUGGAGGAGAGUGAGUUCCUUACCUGUGUGAAUCAUCCAAACAUUGUUAAGAUGAUUGGGCUUUGCAGGGAGGGAUCCGAUAGAGUGCUUGUUUUAGAGUUUGUUCCUAAUAAGACAUUGACAUAUCAUUUACACGAUGAAAAGAACAAGACUCUGGACUGGCCAACCAGAAUGAAAAUUGCCUUGGAAUCUGCAAAUGGGUUGCUAUAUUUACAUCAAGACCGUAAAAUUAUACAUCGAGAUAUGAAAGCAGAUAAUAUUCUUCUUGAUAAUGAUUUUAAUGCGAAGGUUGCAGAUUUUUCACUUUCAAAUUUUUUGCCGGACAGUGGUAAUGUUGGCCACAUCACCAGUAUAUUCAGGGGAACUAAUGUUUAUGCAGAUACAGAAUUUGGUGAUAAACAAAAAGUUUCAUAUGCAUUGGAUGUUUAUGCUUUUGGUGUUAUACUUCUAGAAUUGAUUUCUGGAAGAAAGCCUACACAAAACAAUACUACAAUUAUUGAAUGGGUAAGACACUAAUUCAUAUAUUGAUUUAACUAUAGAUUGUGCUAAAAAGAAGUUAUUAACAAAUACUUUAACUCAUAAACAUUCAGGCUAAAAGUAGAAUUGGACGAGUUUUGAACGAUAAUGACUGUAGAAGUAUUGUUGAUCCCAAUUUGAAAGAGUAUAAUAAAGAAGAAAUGAUGAGAAUGGUUUACUGUGCUGCUGCUUCCGUAUAUAAACUUUCAUCCUUUAGACCAAAAAUAAAACAGAUAAUUGAAGUUCUUGAAGGAAGUAAGCUCGCCAAGGAGAUAAUGGAUCGACAAGACAUCUUUGCUCUGCUGGGUCAAACACAUCGAAAUGUUGAAAUAAAGGAAUAUGAUUUUAUACAACUAGCCAUGGCAACUAAUAAUUUCUCCGUAGCAAAUCUCCUUGGCGAGGAUGCUUUUGGUCAAACGUAUAGAGCUACUUUGGAUGGUGAAUACGUUGUUAUCAAGCUACUUAGGAUAACCUCAUCAGAAAAUACAUUGCAGGAGAUGAAUUACCUUGGCUUUGUGAGGCACCCAAAUCUUGUUAAAGUGAUUGGGCACUGCAGCGACCGAUUCAAUAGAUUGCUUGUUUCAGAGUUUGUUCCCAACAAAAACUUGACAUAUCAUUUAUAUGAAACUCCCAAAAGUUUGGAUUGGUCAGAGAGAAUGAAAAUAGCAAUACACUCUGCAAAAGGAUUGGAAUAUCUACAUGAUCAAUGUACGCCUCAAAUCAUACACGGAAAUCUCACACCAAAUACUAUUCUUAUUGAUAAUAAUUUUGAACUAAAGAUGGCAGAUUUUGGACUUUCCAUUUUUUCUACAGAUGAUA